CCGAAUCCAGCUCGCUCGGCGCAUCUACUUUUAAAGCAACAAAAUGAGUCUUCAUUCCACUUGACGGCAAUUUCUUUUCCAUUUCCGUCUCGUACCAAUUUGCUGUCGCAACGCAAAGUCAUCUGUCGACAGAUGAUCGUAGAAGUGUUGGAAACCCAGUUUCUUCGGGUGAAUGAAAAGGAUUUUGUGGAUACUGUUCCGAGGGACACUAUCCACGCGCUCUCUUUCUGCUCAACUUGCACCAAUUCCUCUCGAACUCGUCACUUUCGCAGAAUAAACGUCCGCUUCCACCCAUUCCUCCCUCUCCUCAGUCAGUCCCCUCCCGCUCCAUAA